UUUUUUUUUUCCUUUCCUAGCUAGUCGCGAUUUCUAUAUUUCUUCUUCUUUUCCUCAUACAGCCCUAACAAUGUCGCAAGUUCGCCAGGUUUCGUCGCUCUUCAAGAUUUCCCGCUGGGUCGCUCUGGGCGGUGGUCUCACAUACGGUUACGUGCACUCCUGCACUCUGCGCAACGAUGCCGAGACGAAGCGGAUCAACGACAAGUACGCCCACCAGCUCACGCUUAUUGAGGAGGCGAAGAAGAAGUUCGCCGAGAAGAACUCGUCGGGCAGCACCGAGUCGUUCAACUUCGAGGACCCGAACUUUGACGCCGACAAGUGGUUCAAGCACAUUGAGUCCAAGUACUAGAUAUUCCCCUCCAACAAAUAAAUCUCGAAAUGGUUGAACCUGCAGCGUUUAACUCUUUUCUAAA